AUGAAUAAUGAACUUGGAAGAUACCUCGACUACUACGCCGCCCAGGCCGAGGGCCGCGGUGUUGGUGGGUCUUUUAAGGGGUAUAAAUUGCAAAGAGGAAACGGGGUCGGUUCGUUCAUCGCAAACCUUUUCAGGAAGAUUUUGCCAUACGUUAAAAAUGGCGCUGCUGCUCUUGGUUCUGAGCUUCUUAACACUGGCGUCGGUGUUCUUAGAGAUACUCUCAACGGAGCAGAUGUUAAGAAUAGCAUCAAGGAACGAGUCACAACCGCGGGCACAAACCUAGGAGGAAAAGCAUCCACGCAAAUUCAAAACGCUAUGGAGUUGAUGGUGGGAGAGUUGGAUAUAUUUGCGCCAACACUUAUUCAAACUAGUGUGCUCAGCGGAGACUGGCAAAAUUACCAGCCAGUGCAGGCCAUUACAAAAGAUGGUCCGAUUCAGUUUUUUGUGCCUGGUCAAGGUUCAAACUACUUUGAUUUGAACAAAACUCUGCUGUACGUUCGCUUCAAGGUUACAGACUCUGUCACUAGUGAUAAACUGGAUGCAACUGCUGAAUUUUCUCUGAAAAAUAAUGUUCUCAACACCAUGUUUUCUGAUGUUAAGCUAGAGUUUAAUCAAAUGGCCGUAUCAAACUCUAAUCACAUGAAUCACUACAGAAGCUAUUUUGAGCUUUUGUACAAUUUUAACGCUACGGCAAAGAAAACUCACCUCACCAGUGCUUUGUUUUAUCAAGACACUGCUGGGGCUUUUAAUGAUUUAACGUCAGAACCCAACAAAAAAAGAAAAUCUUUUGUUACUGGCGGCAAAGAGGUUGAAGUUAUAGGAAAAUUGCACUGUGACAUGCUUGCUGUGGGCAAAUACUUGAUCAAUGAUGUUGACUUGAGAGUUACUUUGACUAGAAAUCCAGCAAGUAUGGUGCUUCUCACAGGCAAAGAUUCAAAAAUUGUACCUCAAAUUGAUAUUCAAGAAGCGGUUUUGUACGUCAGAAAAGUGAACAUCAAUCCUGGUAUCCUGGUUGCACACGCCAAGACUUUAGAGACUGCGGUGGCACGUUACAACUACAAACGUGUGGAGAUGUUGAAUUUUACAAUUUCUUCAGGCUUGCACCAGAAAUGCUUGGACAAUUUGUUUUUGAACAGAAUCCCUUCUAGAAUAAUUUUCGGGUUGGUAAAGAAUAGCGCGUUUUCUGGCAGCUACACAGAGAGCCCGUUCAACUUUGAACACUUUGACAUGAAUUAUAUUGCACUGAGUGUCAAUGGGCAAACGGUUGGGGCUGCACCUUACAAGCCAAACUUUGAAGGAGGAAAAAGUAUUCUACCUUAUCUAUUUUCAUUUUACGGCGUCGGCAUUCAUAUGACUGACGAUGGCUUUGAGGUGGACAGGGAAGAUUUUGACAAAGGUUACGCCCUCUACUGCUAUGAUUUGACUGGAGACUUGAGCAGCUGCGAAUCACACGUCUCUGUUGAAAAUCAGGGCAGCUGUCGCCUUGAGCUUGGGUUUGCUAAGCCCCUCCCAUGCGUGGUCAACCUCAUUGUUUAUGCAGAGUUCCCUGACUGCAUCGAGAUCGAUAGGUCCAGGAGUGUACAUAUUCAGUUCAAAAAAUAA